UUUUCCGUACUUUGCUCAUUAACAUAUUUCUGAAAUAACAAAAUCUUAAAAAGAAGGGGAAAAAACUAUGAAAGAACAAUGUGUCAAAAAUUAAUUGUCUUCUAGUUAAAUCUGUGAUUACAUCCAUGUGUCAGAUUUGGAGGACAAAUUGUUAUUAUUUAUUUACAAUUUAACGCUAGUAUCGGGUAAAUUACCGCUAUGAGCUCCUUGAAGCUCCAGAAGAGGCUGGCAUCUUCUGUUAUGAGAUGUGGCAAGAAAAAGGUUUGGUUAGAUCCAAAUGAGAUAAGUGAAAUCACUAAUACAAAUUCUAGACAAUAUAUAAGGAAGCUUAUUAAAGAUGGUUUCAUAAUUAGAAAACCUGUAGCUGUUCAUUCUAGAGCCAGAGUACGUAAAAAUGAUGAAGCACGUUCUAAAGGACGUCAUUGCGGUUUUGGUAAAAGGAAGGGUACUGCAAAUGCUAGAAUGCCAACAAAGGAAUUAUGGAUUCAAAGAAUGAGAGUAUUGAGAAGAUUUUUGAAGAAAAAAAGGGAUAUGAAGAAGAUUGACAGGCACCUCUAUCAUACUUUAUACAUGAAAGUUAAAGGUAAUGUUUUCAAAAACAAGAGAGUGUUGAACGACUUUAUCAAGAAAAAGCAUUCUGAAAAUAAACGUACAAAACAAUUGACGGAUCAGGCAGAUGCUAGAAGGUUGAAGGUUAAAGAAGCAAGAAAACGACGUGAAGAAAGAAUAAAAAUUAAGAAGGCAGAAGCUAUCCUAAAUUAUGUUAAAGAAGAUGAAGCUGCUGCUGCAUUGAAGAAGUAGUAUAACAUCUAAUAAAUUAUUUAAAAAUA